UGAGAUUGGGUGCAUGUGGCAUGGGUUUCAGAAAACAACAAGAACCCACACUGCAGUUAAUUAUAGCACCGACGAGCGACUCAGAAUAAACUACUAACACCCACUCCCAUUCUGCAUAUUCAUCUGAGGCGAAAAAAAAAAGAAGAAAAAAGAACCACCCAUGCCACUCUGAAAGAAAAGCUGCUAAUUGUGUAAAAGUUCACUAACUGCAACUUAUCAUAUCCAUAUUGCUUUACUUUUCAUGCUGGAAAAAAAGAACAAGGAACAAAGCCACUUUUAAAAGUUUUUCACUUACGCCCACUUGAGAAAAAAAAAAGAUUCUUGAUCCCUUUGCAUUGAAAAUACUAGUUUGAACAGCAUUUUCUUUUUCUAUUCUAAAUCAUGCCAAAUUGGGAGCUGAAGCAUUGUUGCAAGCAUGAACAAGUCGUUUUUCUCGCCACUCUCGGCGUUUGUGCUGUUGUCAUUCUUGCUCUAUGGAGGACAGUGCUGCUACUACCUUUCAAGCUCGUUACUGUCUUUAUUCAUGAAGCUAGUCACGCUAUAGCUUGCAAACUUACUUGCGGCCAUGUUGAGGGAAUACAGGUUCAUGCUGACGAAGGUGGCACUACACAAACGCGUGGAGGUGUAUAUUGGUUCAUCUUGCCAGCUGGAUAUCUUGGUUCAUCAUUUUGGGGAAUGGUUUUAGUGCUUGCGUCCACCAAGCUCCUUACAGCAAGAAUUGCAGCAGGAUGUUUAGUGGUCACUCUAAUUGUUGUUCUUUUUGUGGCUAAAAAUUGGACACUCCGGGGCCUUUGUAUAGGAUUUGUUGUCUUCCUUGCUGUUGUAUGGAUUCUGCAAGAAACAACAAAGAUAAAAAUUCUGCGGUACAUCAUUUUGUUCAUUGGUGUAAUGAACAGCUUAUUUUCUGUAUAUGAUAUAUACGAUGAUCUGAUAUCACGAAGAGUUAACUCCAGUGAUGCUGAGAAGUUUGCUGAAGUGUGUCCCUGUCCUUGUACUGGUGUUGGCUGGGGAGUCAUCUGGGAAAAUCACUUUCAGGGGACUCAUUUCUUUCUUGUUUCUCUGUGGAGCCACAUAUCUUGGUUUGGUGAUCUUGUCCUGAGGUACGCCUGCUUUAGACCGUUCAUUACAAUUUUUUAUGAUUUUAGUCUAGUUUCAUGCUACUCAUAUAUAACUUGUUUUAGUGAUGGCCUAGUUUAGUCUAUUUUAAUGGUACUCGUAUAUUACUAGUUUUAGUUAGUUCUUCCAAGAUACGAAGAGUUUAUACUUAUGGAUAUCUUGAAAAUGAGCUUAGAGUCCAUCACUCUUUUGGAAGAUUUUCUAAUUCAAACACCUUCCCUUUGCUCAGUCUAUUACCUGUUGUCAUGUGCUUGAGGUUGUCUUCUUUAUGUUCUCCGAGACAAAAAAAAGAAGAAACUAUAUAGGCCUUCAUAUUAAGUGUCCUAAGCGACAAGAGGGAAACACUCGUAAAAUUAAAUUACAACCAUCUUGUUAGAACUUAUUGGUAAAUAAUGCAGGCUGAGGGGCUGGAUACUUGACAUAAAUCAAGGGAUGUCCACUCAUACAACGUUCAAGAGCAUUCGUUUACCCUUACUUUGGUUGGCUCCUUAAUUACUAGUUAGACUGUGAAUUACUGGUAUAGUGCAUUUGUCAAAUCAUUUAUGCAAGAUGGAUUACUGCAGCACAACUUACAAUCCAAACAUGUUUGGGUGCGGCAGGAGGAGAAUCAGAGUACUAUAAUGCUACAAUUAUAACAUUGUUCUUUUCACUUGAACAUGUAUUUCCUUUCUCAUACACCGAAAGGAUCUCAGAGCUCGUUUGGUUUGGCUUAUAAGUUACUUAUAAGCUGUAUUCAACUUUUUUGAGUGUUUGACUGGCUAACUUUAAGUCAUUUUGUGUUUAAAAUAAGUCUCAAUAUAUAAUUGAGUUUGUUUGAAUUGACUUAUUUUAAGCAACUUAUAAGUUGAAAACAACUUAUAAGUCAAAAAAAAAUAAGUUGGACUGCACCUACCUAUUUUUUUAAAACUUAUAAGCAGUUUUCAACUUAUAAGUUACUUAAAAUAAGUCCAUCCAAACAGGCUCUCAGUAUCAUACAUUUCCUCAUGAA